AUGGCUAAUCUAAAUGAGCCUCGGGGAUCAGUCCACUUCGAAAAGGAGUUUGGCGAUUUUGCGAAGCUAGGGACACUCAUCAUCAAGGGCACCGUAGACCGACAGAAUGGAAACAUUACCGGCGAGAUUGGAGUGAAAGCCCUCGGGGUUUACAGAUCCCUCCACCCCUUUGCCGGCAACCUCCACGACGGGGUGCAUGGCAAAUUCGCCACUGGGGUAGGCUACGGGGACAGUUCCUUUGUCAUCAAUAUCAAGGAUGGUGCCGUGGUAGCCCAGGCCAAUAUGUGGGAGAAGGGAACUCAAAUGACCCUAUUCAAGCUUGAGGAGCUAGGGCCUUCUUACAAAGGAAAGCUUCAGAUGGGUGAAUACUUCGAUGAAGUUGGAACCACCGUGGAGUAUGGGCUCAAAUCACACCCCUUGAGUAUGUGGUUUGACUUCAUCCUGCCCCCUAGCGCUACUAUGCAGAUGGGACUGGAUAAGAAUCCUCUGCCGGUUGAGUUCAUUGGCCCAUUGUCUCUCAAAGAUGGAUAUGGUACAUAUACCGCAACCCUAUUGGAGACUGGGCUUGAUAUCCAAGUUUCAAAUGGGGCAAUGAUCAAAGGCAAGGUAUCCGACAAGGCAUGGAAAGAGACCUUGGCUGGAUCCCCGGACAAAUGCAUCAAAAUAGAGGGCGGGUGUCGCCAACUGAUGGGCUGA